UUCAAUAAAAUCUUCUAAAAAAAUUUAUCGAUUGAAAAGGUACAUAUCUGUUCUUAACUAAAUGUAAGAGCAAUCGAACGGAACUACACCUCAGUGUAAGCACGCUCCGUUUGAGGACAAGCAUCAUUCACUCUGUGUUACUCGAGACAGGUGCCACGUAAAAAAUCCUGCUGAGCAAAAACUGUUGCAUUUGCUUUUCCAGAACAUCUAUCGGAAAUUCUACAGUUUUAAAGAAGUACUGCAAAGUAGAUGCAAUUCCUUCUUUGCAAAGAAUAUGUGCAUUGGUGUCAUUUUUUUGCCAAAUUAAAAAUGCAGGUGGAAGGUUUAUUGAUUAGAAAAAAUGGGUUGGGUCAGUUAAAGUUUGAAAUCCGUCCCCUUGUCAUCCCGGCAUCAGGUAAGUACCUUAAUACAAAGGAUGCAGAUGUUAAUAGGGAAAAGAGUUCAGUUGAAUGUACGGUUAAUGUUGAUAGUGUUCGAACGCCUCCUAGUUAUCUUUCUACAUCUACAAAAAUCAUUCUUCCUGUUAUUUCUGUUGAAAAAACUAAGGCGACGUGCAUUGUUUGUAGCAAAGAGUCAAAGGGUUUGCAACCUUUGAAAACGCGUCACACGAGACUUACGAUAGUUGCGAAUAAGUCCCUGGUUGUAAACAAGCGCAUAUAAAGAACAUGUAUCAUAGAAAGUAAACUGAAAAUAAAAUUUAAAGCUACUAUAACUUAUACUGCUCGAACAACGACUGUGAAACUUUUUUUCAAUCACUAUAUAUUAUGAGAACUAGAACCUAAGAGUUUACUGUGUAUGGCCUAACAUCUAAAUAGGAAAUGAAAAAUAAUAUUGAAGAUAUUUAUCACUUUAUUUUUAAAAAUCUGUCGUAAAAGGAAUAAUAUGAUAAAAAGCAAACGUACACAUAUAAAACUACGAUGGCACAGUUUUUAUUAUAUAAACUAAUAAUUCGUAAAACAAAACGUUGAAUCAAAAACCCCUAGUUUGGUCUAUAUCUUAUUGUCAAGUCGUCCUUGUCACAAUUUACGUCCAUAAUUACUUUCCAUACAUUUUGUGCUACGUUUAUAAUGUUACUUAUUUAUUGUUAGAGUUGCUUUCCAUAGUUUAAAGCUCACUCAGCCGGUUUUACUAGGCGGGUUCUAAUCCCGUGCAUUUAAGAAUUCAGUCUGGGCGUAGCAAUUGGAGAGAGCGGACGUUUUCUACCAGCUCCCUCAUUUCAUCCUACAUGUAAUGUAUAAGUAUUUCUGACCAGAGUCCAACUAUUCUGGAUCCCUUUUUGUACCUUAAUCUCAAGUCUGUUGAAGAAUUGGAAAUUUAUCUGUAAAUUAUCACCUGAAUAAAAGCUACGUAAACCUAUUGAACGUUAUUAUUUUGGAGCCGCAACGCCACCCGGCGACAAAUGGUGUCAGAAGUGGGAUGUUGCAGUGCCUAUCCAGAAAUACUUCUUCAAGGAUCCAGCAAUAUCUAUACAAAGAUACCUAUCCAGUGAUCUUACAUCAUUUUGUAUAAGAUACCUACACCAGAGAGAUACCUAUCCAGGGAUACGUCUCCAAGGAUACCAAAUCAAAAAUUUCAAGGCCUACAUCAGAUCUCUAUUCAAAUGACUCAGGAUCCUACGGGAACAACUACUCAUAUCAACUAUCUUUGAAGUUAUCCUCCAAGAGAAAAUAUCUCCGCAGACCAGAUACCUACAGAAUUACUACACUCCUCAACGAUGUCCUGAUUAAAACCCAGGAACGUGAUACAAUUCCUCAAACAAGUUUUACUGUUUCUAAAAACAAAACUGAUUGUGUCUUGAAAAAUAAUCUGAAACAGAAUUUUGACUUAAAAGUUUUCUUUUGAAACAAAGCAGAUGAAUUAGUUUGUACAAUAUUUAUCUAAAUUUGCUGUGUGUUCUAUCAUUGUUUAUGAAUGUAUGCACAUUUGUUAAUCUAUUUGGCUGUCUUGUAUGUCUUUGUAGGAGACACGGUCAUUUGGUCAUUUGGGAUCCAGAUCUCUAGAAAGGGUGUUGGUUGGACUUCCUCAGAGUGUGUGGAAACUGGUCAGGGUAAUUGUAUCAAAAGAGAAGAGAGAGCAGAAAUUCGUCAGAAAGAAAAAGAUGAAAGAGAACAUCAACUUAUGAUGGAGCGUUUGUACUACGAAAUGAAAAUGAAGGAGUUAGAAGAGGAACACGAGUUAGAAAUGACAGAGAGAACUGCUAGAGGUAAGGCUGUUGACGCAAUGGUUAAGCCCAAUCUUCCAAAAAUUCCUCCAUUCGAAGAGAAUAAAGAUGAGAUCGAUAGCUAUUUGAGAAGGUUUGAGAGAUAUGCGACCGCUAUGGGUUGGGACAAAUCGUUGUGGUCUACACAUUUAAGUGCUCUGUUAAAAGGACGAGCUUUGGAUGUCUAUGCUCUCAUGUCUACAGCAAAAGUCAGUGGUUACGAUGAGCUCAAAGCAGCUUUACUUCGUAGGUACGAUAUGACUGAAGAUGGUUUCAAGCGGAAAUUUCAUUCAUGCAGACCUGAAGUUGGGGAAACAUUUUCUCAGUUCACAGUUAGACUGUCUUCGUAUUUAACUCGUUGGAUCGAAAUGUCGAAAAUAACUUGUACUUUUGAAUCUCUAUUUGAUCUUAUGCUUCGUGAUCAAAUUUUACAUGUAUGUAAUUUUGAAUUGUCAGUCUUUCUUAAGCAAAACGUUCCAAAGACAGCUGAUGAGAUGUGUACACUGGCCGAUCAGUUCAGGGAAGCAAGGAAUACAAGUGCUAUAAACCUAUGUUCAAAAGUCAUGCGGAAACCAGCUGAAGUAAACAAAAUACCAGAGAAACCAAAAGAAGGACACCGUCAACAACCACAGAAGUCAAGGUUUGUUCCAAUAAAUGAGAGAAAGUGUUAUAUUUGUAAUAAACACGGUCAUAUAGCACCACAAUGCAAAUUCAGAAACAGAAAUUCUAGUGCAGCAGUAUAUGCGCAGGACGACCAAGACAAACAAGCCACUUGUCAAGCUACUGCAAAGAACUGCGCUGCUCUUAUCUACACCCAAAGUCCAUCAAUUUAUACUCAAGUAAGUGACAUAACACCUGUCUUAACAUCUGCUUGUCACUCUGUGAAAAAACCAAUGCCACUCUCAGCGGGUUACGUUGAUGGUCAACCAGUAACGUUACUUAGAGAUUCUGGUUGUCGGAACAUUGUAGUUCGGAAAAGUCUUGUUAGAGAUGACCACUUUACAGGUAAACAAGAAACUUGUAUUCUAGCAGAUAGUACAAGGAUAGUGGUCCCAGUGGCAAAAGUUAUUAUUGAUUCUCCUUAUGCAUCUGGUGAAUAUGAAGUUUGGUGUAUGGAUAACCCUGUAUUUGAUUUGAUCAUAGGUGAAGUAGAUAAUGCAAGAAAACCACAUGAUCCAGAUCCAGAAUGGAAACCAAACACUGUGUCUACUGUGGAGACGCGAAAGCAGGUAAAAGACAAACAGAAAGCCUACCCACCACUCAAGGUUCCUGAAAUCGUCAAAGAGGAAAUCAGUCCUAAGGAUAUAAUGCGAGAACAACAAGCAGAUCCUUCGCUAGAAACAGCACGUCAGUAUGCAAGAGAAGGUCGAACAUCACGUGAUGGUAAAGUAAAAUGGAUUGAAAGGAAAGGUUUACUAUACCGUGAAUAUGAAGGAUUAGAAAAAGAUAGAGGUAAAACCUAUUUUCAGCUCAUUGUUCCUGCAAAGUUUCGCCAUAUUGUAAUGAAGUUGGCUCAUGAAUCAAUUAUGUCAGGGCACUUAGCAAUACAGAGAACGAUUUCUAGAAUUUUGUCAGAAUUCUUUUGGCCAGGUAUGCAGUCCGAGAUCAAACGGUUCUGUCAAUCUUGUGAUACCUGUCAAAGGACAGUGUCAAAAGGAAAGGUGAGUAAAGUUCCGUUAGAUAGCAUGCCUUUGAUAGAUGUACCUUUCAAAAGAGUUGCAGUCGACAUUGUGGGUCCAUUACAUCCUCCUACUGAUAAAGGUAAUCGCUUUAUUUUAACGUUAGUAGAUUACGCUACAAGGUUUCCACAAGCCAAGGCUCUUCCUGGAAUAGAUACAGAGCGGGUAGCUGAAGCUCUUCUCGAAAUGUUUUCUUAUACAGGCAUACCAGAGGAAAUAUUGACAGACAUGGGAAGUCAGUUUACUUCAGGGCUUAUGAAGGAGGUAAGUAGGCUCAUUUCAUUGAAACAGCUGACCACUACGCCAUAUCACCCUAUGUGUAACGGGCUAGUGGAACGUUUCAACGGUACACUCAAACAAAUGCUGAAGCGUAUGUGUAUAGAUAGACCGAAAGAUUGGGAUAAAUAUUUACCCACUGUGCUUUUUGCAUAUCGGGAGGUUCCCCAAGAAAGCCUCGGAUUUGCUCCCUUUGAGUUAUUGUAUGGCCGUACUGUUCGGGGACCAAUGACAAUUCUGAAAGAAUUGUGGACAAAAGAAAUCCAAGAUCAGCAGGUAAAGUCUACAUACCAAUACGUUUUAGAUCUCCGAGAGCGGUUAGAAUCAACAUGGGAGUUAGCGCAGGAGAAUCUGAAGAAAGCAACACAUAGACAUAAAGUGUACUUUGACAAGAAAGAGAGAGUGCGGAAUAUGAAACCAGGUGAGAAAGUUUUGGUUCUUUUGCCAUCUGAUAGUAACAAGCUCCUAAUGCAGUGGCAAGGUCCAUACCAAAUAGUGAAAAGAUUAGGUAAAGUAGACUAUCAGUUAGAAGUAAAGGGCAAAAUAAAGACCUAUCAUGCAAACAUGUUGAAGAAAUAUGUAGACAGAUGUGAACCAGUUGUGAAUUGUGUUAUGUCAGUUGUAGAUUCAGAACAGAUUGAUGACUCAGAUGUUGAGUGUAGUCAAGAAACAGAUUUCUUGGAAGUUCAGUCUCAAGAAACACACGUUGAUGUAGCUUAG